UGCCGGGCGCUGAGUCGCCGGCGACACGCCCGCGGCUGUAAACGCGGGGCUGACGCGGCGCGGGCAGAGUACAAGCCCGGCUGCCGCUGUCCCCACUUCGCGAGGGCGGUGGCUGGCGGCACGAUGGACCUGGCCGGGCUCCUACUGGACGAAGAAGGCACCUUCUCCCUCACCGGCUUCCAAGACUUCACGUUCCUCCCAGGACACCAGAAACUGAGUGCCCGGAUCCGAAGGCGACUGUACUAUGGCUUGGACUGGGAGGCCGACUGCAGCCUGGAGGAACUCUCCAGCCCCAUGGCAGACAUUGCUGUGGAACUGCUCCAGAAGGCAGCCCCCAGCCCUAUUCGCCGGCUCCAGAAGAAAUAUGUGGCUCAUGUUUCCCGAGAGGCAUGCAUUUCCCCAUGUGCUAUGAUGCUUGCUCUGGUGUACAUUGAGCGGCUCCGGCACCGAAACCCGGAUUACCUGCAGCACGUGUCAUCUUCUGACUUGUUCCUGAUCUCCAUGAUGGUGGCCAGCAAGUACCUCUAUGAUGAAGGGGAGGAGGAGGAGGUCUUCAACGAUGAAUGGGGAGCUGCUGGGGGUGUGGCUGUGCCCACUCUCAAUGCCUUGGAGAGGGGCUUCCUGAGUGCCAUGGAUUGGCGUCUCUACACUGACCCUGGAGAGAUCUUUGAGGUGCUGAGCUGGCUGGAGAGCUGUGUGGCUGAGCAGCAGGGACGGCGGCGGGGCUGGUACACCUAUACAGACCUGUGCGUGCUGCUGGAGCAGCCGGCCUGGCAGCUGGCCUUGGGCUCCCUCUGCCAGCGACUGGUAAAGCUGUCCUGCCUUUUAACCAUGGCAUAUGUGAGCAGCGUGGCCCUGGCUGUGGCAUCGGUGGCUGUAAUACACCAGUCCUUAGGACUGUCCUGCAGCCCCUCUCCUGGUCCUCCCGACCUUGGCCUGGCCUCGAAGGGCCUUUUGGAGCCCUGCAUUCCUUCUCCAGUGCCACAACACCUGCCGUCUUCUAACAUCUCCAGCUGCGUGGAAUCUGACGCAGGGCUGCGUUCACUCUGGGACAGUCUUCUGGCCUCACUGACUCCCCCACCAUUGCCUCCUCCAGAGCCUCCUUCCCUUUCCCCUCUUCUGCAUAACUGCCCCCUUUGUCAGAAGCUCCAGAGAGACCCCCCAGCCUGCCAAGCCUGCCACCACCCCAACUAUACAGUACCUGCUGGCCCUCCCAGCCCUGGGUACCACACCCAUGGCCUGGCUCCGCCCUGGCCCUGGAGCCGGAUGGCCCUUCCGCUCCCCCAGCCCCAGCAGUGUUCUCUUUUCAGUGUGAUGGAGCUGGCCCGCCUCAAGUCUUUCAUUUUCCCAGGCUAGGUAGGGCUCCAAGGUAUGCAGUCAGAGGAUUUGGGAGUCUGAGAACCUAGGAGAGGAAAGCUUGAUUUAGAUCCUUGCUGUCUCUCUGGGUCCUCGGCUGGUCCCCUGUCCUCCUGGGUAAGCGUUUAAGGGGUUGUGGGGCAGAAGGACUGAAGGUCAUUCACUCUCCUACACCUCACUGGCUGGCUGCUUGGCCAGGGGAGUGAUGGUGCCAGGGGAAAGCUUCACUGGGUGCAAGGGGCAGGUCACAGGCGACAGGAGAAGCCCCAUCCCUGCUUCCUCAGGGCUCUUCUAGUGUUUUGCUUUUGAGUUUCCUAGGAUAGAAGGGUAAAGGUGGAAGAUGGGGGUAGUAGGGUACAGGGAGGAAGGAAGCACGCAUUGAUACGGUCCUGUGUGAUGUCUCUGAGGCAAGAGAACCAGGGACUGACAGGGCAGGGUGCGAGCUGCUGAGGGGAAGCUGGGUGAGGCGGGAAAGCUUUUUGAUGCCUGUCCCGUUGCUGUAGUUUAGUGGAGCCAAGGACAGACUGCUGGGACCUUUGACCUUGACCUUUUGUCUUCCAGCCUUCUUAGUAUCCUGCUCCAAGGCUUCCCUCUCUUCUGGCUCCUCUUUGGGUGUUCUCUUCACAGGUCUUUCUGGCCACGGCUUUGUAUCUGAGUUUUUCAUGCUUUUGUAGAACUAAGAUUUCAAUAAACAGUUUCAGUUGCAUGGCCUCGACUUUUCCUUCUUGUGGCGGCCCUCGAAGAUCUUUCCUCCUUGCACCUGCCUUCCAAGCCUCCCCACUUUCGCCUCCUGUCGUCUCGUAAGCCUUUUCUCUGAGCCCCAUUUUAGAACUUCCCAGUCAUAGGCUCCCAGCUCACACUUCCCCUUGGCCCUAUUCCCAGCACCCUGGGGCCCUGGCACUGCUCAGCUUGGGUUGCUACAGGACACAAAUGGCGACUUGUCCAUGCCUGGGGUUGGUCUUGUUUGUCACAUUUUCUGGGCGAGCAUUUCUUUGUGGGGCCAAGCCAUGUAUCCAGACGAGCACUCUGAAACUCCUUGAGCACAAGCCCGGAGGAUACCUCUCUGCUGACCUCUUCACCAGGCUGUCACACGGCAGUGGCCACAUUGUUGAAAGAAUGCCUAUACCAAGUCCUUACUGGAAGAACAGACUAGGCUGCCUCCAUUGGACGCCGGCGAUCAUCCACAGCCGGGGUAUUAUUGCCCUCUAGAGGACAUUUGUAAGAUGUGCAGGCCGUUUUUGGCUGUCUCAAGGAUUUUGUUGGGGAUAUUACUAGCAUUUAUUCAGCGUGGGCAGGAUGCUAAUCGUCCUAACAUACUCAAGACCUGCCUUACUGUGAAGGAUUCUCAGGACAAAUUUUGAAUGACUAGCUGCUCAUGUAUGUGAAAAUCCUGUUUGUCUGAGCCUGGAAUGAUCUUUUUUACAUGUAAGCAUGAAACCAUUUUUGUGCAUUUUGAAAAAGACUGAGUUUUGUAAUAAUGCACAUCCAUGUAAAUUAAAACCAUACUUUUGUUUUGUUCCUUGCUUUAUGAGGAGUUUGUUUGCUGUUUGGAAAAUGGGGUCAUCAAUGCCCAUACUGCUUGUUGCUAAUAAAGUGCGAUUAUUAGCUCUCACUGUA